AUGAGACUCUUUUCCUUGGCGGCUAGCCUUGCGUUUGCUAGCAUUGGGAGCUGUAUCACUACUUCCAACAAUUCGACUGCUGGAAUUGAGGCGUUGGUCAGAAGAAGACUUCCAGAUCAUGUCAACAGCUUUUCCUUCACUUUGAGCCAUAAUGCCUUGCAGACCAAUUCCACACUACCAGCGAACGACGAGUAUACCGUCUCCAACGCACCCAAUGGGAAAAUCCACAUCUCUGGAAAUUCGCCAAUUGCCCUCGCCACUGGACUGAGGUGGUACCUGACCAACAUCGUCCACGUCGACAUAUACUGGUUUAUCGGCUCUCAACUCGACCUUGCUCCCGCUCGACUACCACGCCUGAAUUCGACUUAUCAUGGAGCAAGCACGGUCCCAUGGAGAUACCACUUCAACACGGUCACUUUCAGCUACACGUCUGCCUUUUGGGAUUGGGAUGACUGGCAACUCCAGCUCGACUGGAUGGCGUUGCGUGGAAUCAACCUUCCGCUCGCCUGGGUUGGCUAUGAGAAGAUCUUGUCCGAUGUGUUUACAGAAGCUGGAUUCAGCAACUCUGAGAUUGCAACUUUCCUGUCAGGCCCAGCUUUCCAGGCUUGGAAUCGGUUUGGCAAUAUCCAAGGCAGCUGGGGCGGCGAUCUCCCUCCAAGUUGGAUUGACUCUCAAUUCGCACUCAACAAGCAGAUCGUGGCAAGAAUGGUCGAGCUCGGAAUGACUCCAGUCUUGCCUUGCUUCACUGGUUUCGUCCCCAGGCAGAUUGGCGAGCACUAUCCAAAUGCGUCUUUCGUUAACGGAAGUCGAUGGAGCGGCUUUGAAACGGAAUAUACCAAUGUCACCUUCCUCGAGCCAUUCGAUCCCCUCUUCACGACGCUACAAAAGAGCUUCAUCACGAAACAGACAGCGGCUUAUGGCGAUGUAACGGACAUCUACACCCUGGAUCAGUACAAUGAGAACAAUCCAUACUCUGGAGAUCUAGACUACCUGCGGAAUGUGACUUCCAAUACGAUUCAGAGCUUGAAGGCUGCAGAUCCUGAUGCGAUAUGGUUACUCCAAGGCUGGCUGUUCUACAGCUCGGAAAGCUUCUGGACGAACGACAGAGUGGAGGCAUAUCUGAGCGGCGUCGACAACUCAGAUAUGUUGAUAUUAGACCUCUUCUCAGAAUCCCAACCUCAGUGGCAGCGAACAUCAUCCUACUUUGGCAAACCUUGGAUUUGGUGCGAGCUGCACGACUACGGAGAGAACAUGGGUCUCUACGGCCAAGUCGAAAACGUGACAAUCAACCCCGUAGCCGCUCUGGCAGAUUCAAGCACAAUGGUAGGCAUGGGCUUGACGAUGGAAGGCCAAGAAGGCAACGAGAUCAUGUACGACAUCCUCCUCGACCAAGCCUGGUCCAAGCAACCCCUCAACACAGACAAAUACUUCCACGACUGGGUCGCCUCACGCUACCACGGCGCUCGCUCGCUGCCUAAUGGCUUGUACACAGCGUGGGAUACGAUGCGCAAGACAGUCUACAACAACACGAACCUCAACCGCGCCCAAGCCGUCACAAAAUCCAUCUUCGAACUCGCCCCAAACACGACCGGCCUCCUCAACAGAACAGGCCACCACCCAACGACAAUCCAAUACGAGCCCGCCGUCCUCGUCACCGCCUGGACCGCCUUCUACCACGCCUCAUCCCAAAACCCCAACCUCUGGGCCAACGAAGCCUACACCUUCGACCUCACCGACAUCACCCGCCAAGUCCUCGCCAACGCCUUCUAUCCGCUCUACACCACCUUCGUCAGCACGUCAAACAACACUUCACCCACCUACUCCGCGCAAAAAGCCUCACAAACCGGCCAACAACUCCUCCACCUCCUCUCCUCCCUCGACGCCAUCCUCUCCGCCAGCCCACACGCCCACUUCCACCUCUCAGCCUGGAUUUCCUCCGCCCGCCAACACGCCUCCAACAACGCCUCCCUCGCGGACUUCUACGAAUACGACGCCCGCAACCAGAUCACGCUGUGGGGACCUGACGGCGAAAUCAGCGACUAUGCGAGUAAGCAGUGGGGUGGGUUGGUCAGGGGGUAUUAUUUGCCUAGAUGGGAGAGAUUUGUGCAGUUUACGCUGAAUGGCACAACAGGGGCGAAUGGACGGAAUGAGGCGUUGAGGAGGAGUUUGCUGGAGUUUGAGGAGGGGUGGCAGGUGCAGACGUCUGAUGGUCAGGGUGAGGGUGGGAGAGGUCCGCCGGGCUAUGGAUGGGGAUGGCCGCAUCAAGGAGGGGGUGGUGGGAAUCUGCAGCAGACGAUUGCGAGGGUGGUGCGUGAGUGGCCGAGUAUCUUUGGGUAA